GUCCUUCACUCCCCCAAGCCCUCCACCUACAGGUCCUUCACUCCCCCAAGCCCUCCACCUACAGGUCCUUCACUCCCCCCAAGCCCUCCACCUACAGGUCCUUCAGUCCCUCAAGCCUCCACCUACAGGUCCUUCAGUCCCUCCAAGCCCUCCACCUACAGGUCCUUCCUCCCUCCAAGCCUCCAUCUACAAAUCCUUCAGUCCCUCCAAGCCCUCCAUCUACAAAUCCUUCAAGCCCUCCACCUACAGGUCCUUCAGUCCCUCCAAGCCCUCCACCUACAGGUCCUUCAGUCCCUCCAACCCUCCACCCACAGGUCCUUCACUCCCCCAAGCCCUCCACCCACAGGUCCUUCACUCCUCAAGCCCUCCACCUACAGGUCCUUCACUCCCUCCAAGCCCUCCACCUACAGGUCCUUCAGUCCCCUCAAGCCCUCCACCUGCAGGUCCUUCAUUCCCUCCAAGCCCUCCACCCUACAGGUCCUUCACUCCCUCAAGCCUCCACCUACAGGUCCUUCACUCCUCCAAGCCCUCCACCUACAGGUCCUUCCUCCCUCCAAGCCCUCCACCUACAGGUCCUUCACUCCCUCCAAGCCCUUUACCUACAGGUCCUUCCAGUCCUCAAGCCCUCCACUUACAGGUCCUUCCUCCCUCAAGCCCUCCACCCACAGGUCCUUCAGUCCCUCCAAGCCCUCCACCCCUAGGCCCUUCACUCCUUCCAUGCCCUCCACCUACAGGUCCUUCCUCCCCUCCAACCCUGCACCUACAGGUCCUUCAGUUCCUCCAAGGCCUCCACCUACAGGUCCAUUCAGUUCCUCCAAGCCCUUCACCUACAGGUCCUUCACUCCCUCCAAGCCCUCCACCUACAGGUCCUUCACGCCCUCCAAGCCCUCCACCUACAGGUCCUUCACUCCUUCCAAGCCCUCCCCCUACAGGUCCUUUACGCCCUCCAAGCCAUCCACCUACAGGUCCUUAAGUCCCUCCAAGCCCUCCACCUACAGAUCCUUCACUCCCCCCAAGCCCUCCACCUACAGGUCCUUCACUCCCUCCAAGCCCCUCCACCUACAGGUCCUUCACUCCCUCCACAGGCCCUCCCCUCCACCUACAGCCUCGGUCUGGGGUCAGUUUGUCCAGGUUAUCAUGGCAGGAGUGAUGUCAGCCGGACUGUAUCAGCACCAGCAGGUCAGGCACCGCGUGCCACGUGCUCGUCGUCAGCCACCAUCAGCACACCGUGGGUGCGCCUCCCGCGGCCGCUACGCAACAACUGACCACCAGGUUGAACCUGUGGCCCGGGGCUCCGUCGUCUCCCCGCGCGGGCACCAGUCACAGCCCGAGCCUUCCGUGACGUAG